UUGUGUGUCUGCAGCCAGCCCCGGUGUCAUGGCUUCCGGCAUGACCGGCAGCGUCUCGGUGGCUUUGCAUCCUCUCGUCAUUCUCAACAUAUCCGACCACUGGAUACGGAUCCGUUCACAAGAGGGCCGACCCAUGCAAGUCAUCGGCGCGCUCAUCGGGAAGCAAGAGGGCCGGAACAUCGAGGUGAUGAACUCCUUUGAGCUGCUUUCGCACACCACGGACGACAAAGUGCACAUUGACAAGGAGUACUACUACAUCAAGGAGGAGCAAUUCAAACAGGUGUUCAAAGAAAUGGAGUUCCUGGGCUGGUACACCACCGGCGGCCCCCCGGACCAGUCUGAUAUCCAUAUUCACAAGCAGGUGUGUGAAAUCAUCGAGAGUCCGCUCUUCCUCAAGCUCAACCCGUUGACCAAACACACUGAUCUGCCGGUCAGCGUGUUCGAGUCCGUCAUCGACAUCAUCAGCGGCGAGGCCACCAUGCUGUUCGCCGAGCUGAACUACACCCUCGCCACGGAGGAGGCCGAGAGGAUCGGCGUGGACCACGUGGCCCGCAUGACGGCCACUGGCACCGGAGAGAACUCCACAGUCGCCGAGCACCUGAUAGUCCAGCACAGCGCCAUCAAGAUGCUGCACAGUCGCGUGAAGAUCAUCCUGGAGUACGUCAAAGCCGCGGAAGCAGGUGAAGUUCCGUUCAACCACGAGAUCUUGCGAGAAGCCAACGCCCUGUGCCACCGACUGCCGGUCCUCAGCACCAUCAAGUUCAAAACGGACUUCUACGACCAAUGCAACGACGUGGGCCUCAUGGCCUACCUGGGCUCCAUCACCAAGACCUGCAACAGCAUGAACCAGUUCAUCAACAAGUUCAACGUCCUCUACGACCGCCAGGGCAUCGGACGCCGGAUGAGAGGACUCUUUUUCUGAUUGGUCAACAAACUGAGGCUCUCACCACUGCAAACGAACAUUUUCACCCCCGUUUGAUUCCCAUGUCACAGUGAUGUAUGUAAUAAAGUGUUUACUGUUAUUUUUUU